AUGAAUAGAACUCCUUUAUCGAAGCUGCAAACACGCCAAGGCCCUGUUAAUGCUAGCGAUGACUCAAAGAGAGUUCAAAAUUGUUUGUCGGAGAGACGCUUCACAUCUUGCUCACAAGCCUGGCUAAUCAGCAAAAUUCACAGCUUCUACUUCGAUGUACCACUUUACAGGGAUUCGCCAGACACAACCAAGUCCCUAUACCACCACAAGCAACACAAGCAUGACGCAAGGGAUCAACUAAAGCGUCAUCAAUUUGGUGUCGUUAAGCUCGUCUUGGUCGGCCUCGCCCGAAAAAUGGUUAAUAAAGACAUCAACGAGGAAGCUCUUACAAAAGCCCCACUAUCACUUGAGCUAAAUCAGGAUGGAGUUGAUUUUACCAUAUUUUUGCAAAUAGGUCGCGUUGUCAUGGCGAACUCUUCUGCCAGAGUAGUCAUGGUGACUAACAACUUCAGACAGUGGACUUGGUACAUUCGAAGACGUUUAGUUGGCCCCUUCAGUGAGCCUUGCAAGUCAUAG